CACAUGCGUCCUCAUCCCACGAGGAGGGCACUACGCUCCUCUGCGGCCCUGGGGCGCACUUCCGGGCGUGACGUCAGCAGAAGGGCAGAAAUAGGAAGAACCAAACUUCCACAGACCAUGUCAUAGGCAGCCUGCAGCCUCUGUCUAGGUCUACAGGAGGGCAGCACCCCACCAAGUGGAUUGAGGAGCUCCACUGGAGGACAGCACCCCACUGCAGAGGAUUGACUGGCUCCACAGGAGGGCAGCACCUGAACUGCUGGAUUCAGUUUCCAGUUACAGCCUUGCUAGCUAGGACCAGUGGGCGGCUCCCAAGAUGGGUGAAAGAAAAGGUGUGAACAAGUACUACCCUCCAGAUUUCAAUCCCGAGAAGCAUGGCUCUCUCAACCGAUAUCACAACAGCCACCCUCUUCGGGAACGGGCUCGGAAGCUGUCACAAGGCAUCCUUGUCAUCCGAUUUGAGAUGCCAUACAACAUUUGGUGUGAUGGUUGCAAGAAUCACAUUGGCAUGGGUGUGCGCUACAAUGCAGAAAAGAAGAAGGUUGGCAAUUAUUACACGACCCCCAUCUACAGGUUCCGAAUGAAAUGCCACCUCUGUGUCAACUACAUCGAGAUGCAAACAGACCCUGCCAACUGCGACUAUGUCAUCGUGAGUGGCGCCCAGCGCAAGGAAGAACGCUGGGACAUGGAGGACAAUGAGCAGGUGCUGACUACAGAGCAUGAGAAGAAAGAGAAACUGGAGACAGAUGCCAUGUUCCGCCUGGAGCACGGCGAGGCUGACCGGAGCGUGAUGAAGAAGGCCCUCCCCACACUCAGCCACAUCCAGGAGGCACAGAAUGCCUGGAAGGACGACUUUGCCCUGAAUAGCAUGCUACGCAGGCGCUUUCGGGAGAAGAAGAAAGCCGUGCAGGAAGAGGAGGAGAGGGACCAGGCACUGCAGGCUAAGGCCAGCCUGUCCAUCCCUCUAGUGCCAGAGUCAGAGGACGACCGCAAGCUGGCCGCCCUGCUCAGAUUCCACACCCUGGACUCCUAUGACGACAAGCAGAAACAGAAGCGGACGGAGAUUAUCAGCCGCUCCUGGUUCCCGUCCACCCAAGGACCUGGUGCACAUGGUAGCAAGGCCACCAGUGUCCUGCAGAAGCUGUCUCAGGUCCGCAGACCACUGCCUCCCAGCGCAGGCACCCCAGGGGACUUGGGCAUAGUGCGGCGGAGGUCCCGAGAAGUACCAGAGAGUCUCCAGCAGGCAGCAGGCAGCUCCAAGCCAGCAGAGCCUAGCCAGCCACAGGGAACCACCCAGGACAAAGCUGUGUCCCCACAGGACGGCCUCCAGGAGACAUCUGACACCCCUGGGACCAGUGGGACACUGGAGCGCAAGGGGAGUUGCAAGGACCAGGCCCUGUCCCCAGUAGGCUCCUCCCCAGAGGACCUACAGCCCAGCAACCUCAGUGCCUCCCUAGUGGCUGACUACUCUGACUCGGAGAGUGACUAAGGAGUCAGGGUUCUAGGUGCAGCUGCUUCCAAGGGCCAUGAUUCACCCAAGACUUCAGGGACAGCAGGCAGCCCUGCUGCCAGCCCUGCCAUCUACUUUGCCUUCCUGCAUAUAUAUUUAUUUGAUCUUGGUGAGGUGUCUGUGCCUUGGGGGAACCCCAGCACCUUGACAUUAAAGCCUUGUUCUUUGUC